GAUCUACUAGAUCGACAGAACCUGAACCUCCCUCACCGAUCAUGUCCGCCACGAAAAAUAUGCUCGCCGCCGUUCUCGUCGGAAUGGUCGGCCAGCAGGUGACCGAGGUCCGGGCUACGCAGGUACUACAAGUAGACUGAGGAGGUGCGUCAAGCUCAAGGGAAAGGGUCGUUCUUCUUCUUACUCAUUCACAUUCACUUUACUCAAAAUGAAGAGUAAGAAGAACAGCCCCCCCUGUAGUCGUGUCAAGAAUAGCGACACCGUUCGAUGUAAAUGGCGACUUCCAUUCUUUACUUCCAGAGUGCAUUUUGUCGGUUCAUCGUUCCUUCGACUCGCGGUGCUACGCUGUCUGAGAAGAUUCCCCAUGAUAAGGAAUCCGAUUAGUGCUGGGCUCGCUUGUUUGUAAUUUUUCGAAAAGUUUCUUUUCCCUGUCGUCGUGUGUCUCAGAAUUGCAAAUGCGCAAGAUCAUGAAUCUAACGCAAACAAUCACGACAGGUGUUGAUCUUGAAUGAGCACAAGAAGAAGAAGACUGCGACCAACACGGCGAAGAAGGUGAAGGUUGCGGCGCAGGUUAAAACUGCGAAGGCGACGAAGCAACAAGUCACGGCCAAGGCUUCGAAGGAGGUCGAGGGCAUUAUUCCAGUUGGUGCCGGCGCGGGCUUGGAGGCAGUUGCACAAGCCGCCGGCAAUGCUGCAAACGCUGGUGCUGACGUGAUUAUUGCCGCCCUCAAAUCAGACUACCAGUCGCAUUGCUGUGGCUGCUGUCCUGCCGGCAAAAUCACAAGCCCGGAUGGUGCAGAAAUGUCCUGCGCCGAUGCCAAGUCUGCCUAUGUCACUUCGCGCGCUGGCUUGGAGGCUGCGGGGGCCGACCUGAGCAAGUACCCCGCCGAACUGACGUGCUAGGAGUGGAAAAAAAGCACGGCUUGCGUCAGCGUUCUAGAAAAAAUCGAGAUCAUGCUGCGACACAAAGCCGGAGUGCUGUAUCUUGAUCUUUUCCAAAGCAUAAGACAUUUCUUAGCCUACAGUCAAUUUUCCCGAUUGUUCAACAAAAAAACAAAAGACGCAUCUCCAGCAGCACCUCCAUUUUUGAAGGUACAGUUGUACAUGUAGUACCAAACAACAAAAUAAAAUUUGAAGUUUCACCAACAACAAGUAUGCACUAGUAAUUCUCGUUUUUUCAUCUCAGCAGCAAGCGCCAGCACAGUGCAGCUACAAAGUUGCAGCACGGUGCUAUGAUCGAAACAAGCGACCCCAUGAUCACUAUGAAGAUUAUAUCCUGCGCCGGCGCUGUCGCUACCCACAUUACAAGUACGCUCUCGCGCUCAUACUCGCUUCAAAUUCGGAAAAGCAUAUCCUGCUUCUGGUGCACCCCGAGAGCAGACUUUUAGACCCUCUCGCAAGGUUUCUUCUGUAUAUUGUUGUGAAGAGAGUAUGUCUUGCUAUUUUGAUAAUGGUGGACGUCGCGUUUUGAUUUUAGAAGUUUUUUCUGCAGCAUACCCUGCCGCAGCUAAAAGCUGAGCGACGCAUGAAUAUUUAUUUCAUCUCGCAUCAUCAUCGAGGAGUUGCAGUUGGAGUUCAUGUGCAUAUAAUUGUUUCCGCAUCAACAGGCAAAGAAACGAAAACGUUCGCUCCUUCGAACAAGAAGCUCCAGUUCGUCCAGUCAGCAACUUGUUCGCGU